AUGGUCGAGGCGUUAAAAAAUGGUGAUGUUCUUCCUCGAAAUAGCUCUGAUUUAUUCGAUGACGAUGGCCGUCCCAAGCGAACCGGGACGGUGUGGACAGCAAGUGCACAUAUAAUAACUGCAGUAAUUGGGUCAGGAGUGUUGUCACUGGCAUGGGCCAUUGCUCAGAUUGGUUGGGUGGGUGGUCCAACGGUGAUGAUCCUCUUCUCUCUCGUCACUUACUACACUGCCAGUCUUCUCUGUUCUUGCUACCGCUCCGGCGACUCUGUCACCGGCAAGAGAAACUACACUUACAUGGAUGCUAUUCAUUCCAACCUCGGAGGGAUUAAGGUGACAGUAUGUGGAGUUGUGCAAUAUGUGAAUCUCUUUGGUACAGCAAUUGGAUACACAAUCGCAUCAGCAAUCAGCCUGAUAGCAAUCCAAAGGACGAGUUGUCAACAGAUGAAUGGAGUGAAUGCUCCAUGUCAUGUCAACGGCAAUCCUUACAUGAUCGGGUUCGGUUUAGUACAAAUCAUAUUCUCACAGAUUCCGGAUUUUGAUCAGUUGUGGUGGCUCUCAGCUGUUGCUGCAGUCAUGUCUUUUGGUUACUCCACUAUUGGUCUUGGUCUCGGCAUCUCCAGAGUUGUGGAGAACAAAGAAAUCAAAGGCACUAUCACUGGUGUUACCAUUGGGACAGUGACAGCUACGGAUAAAGUAUGGAGAACGUUUCAGUCUCUCGGGAACAUCGCGUUCGCGUACGCUUACUCCAUGAUCCUCAUCGAGAUUCAGGACACGUUGAAGUCGCCGCCGAAAGAAGAGAACACGAUGAGGAAAGCGACUCUCAUUAGCGUGGGGGUCACGACAGUCUUCUACAUGCUCUGCGGCUGCGUAGGGUAUGCAGCGUUCGGAGACUCCGCUCCGGGGAAUCUCCUAGCUGCUGGAGGUUUCAGAAACCCGUAUUGGCUUCUUGACAUAGCGAAUGUCGCCAUUGUGAUCCAUCUAGUCGGGGCUUACCAAGUCUACUGCCAACCUCUCUUCGCCUUUGUCGAGAAAGAAGCUGCUAAGAGGUAUCCAGAGAGCAAGUUCGUUACGAAAGAUAUCAAGAUCAAGCUCUUUCCUGGAGCCAAGAAGCCAUUCAACUUGAAUCUCUUUAGGCUAGUGUGGAGGACGAUCUUCGUCAUGACAACGACUUUGAUCUCGAUGCUGAUGCCUUUCUUCAACGACGUGCUCGGUCUUUUGGGGGCAAUCGGUUUCUGGCCACUGACGGUUUAUUUCCCGGUGGAGAUGUAUAUUGUACAGAAGGAGGUGCCGAGAUGGAGCACGAAAUGGGUUUGUCUUCAAGUCUUGAGUUUGGCUUGUCUCAUUGUGUCUCUAGCUGCUGCUGCUGGAUCCAUAGUUGGCAUUAUCACUGAUCUCAAGACUUACAAACCUUUCUCGACGAAUUUCUGA